CGUUGUUCUGCAGCCUCCAGUGCUGUAGGUGGCGCUGCCAUAAUCGCAUCACUGACAUUCAGCUGCAGUGUGUCUGCGGCAUGCUGCCCGUGGAUUUGGACAGACGAUUGUAUUCACUUUUGUAACCCGUCACUGGCUGCAGGAUGUUCUUGACUCUGGCGCUUUUGCGGAAGGGAAUCCCAGGGAAGCAGUGGAUCGGGAAGUACCGUCGACCACGAGUAGUCACCUGGCAGAUGAGGCGGAACAUGAUUAAACGCCUAGAACAGGAAGCAGAGAAUGAAUACUGGAUCAGCCGGCCGUUCAUGACGCAGGAACAGGAGCAAGGCCACGCCGCGCAAAGGCGGGAGUGGAUGUGGGAACAAAUCAAAGCUACACGACAAGCCAAGUUUCCUGAACACAAAUACAUUGCAGACCAACUAAACCACCUUAAAACCACCAAGACCUGGCCCAGCUAACCAGAACAUCAGAGACUGAUGGAUCACAGAGUUUGGAGACAAAAAGCAGAUGAAAACAUAGGACUUUUUGUGUUUGAUUUGAUAUUCUAAAAUGUAUGUGAUAUGUGCUGUUUAUAAAUGACUUAUGAUCAUCA